AUGCCAUCUCCUGCAACGCCACAACGUCCCUCCAAUCGUGGAGGACCCGCAAAACCCACGCCGAAACCACUGGACAUUGGGGAACCGCUGGGCGCGCACGACACCAACACGGUUCGCUCCAGAGUGCGAAAAUGGCAGCAACAAGGUGGCGGGGUCGUGACAAUCGACGACCCAUACGCCGAUGACGAAAAUGAUACAAAGCCAGAGCCGAAGGCUGUCAAACCCAAGGAGAAGCCAGAGAAAACCGUCAAGGACAUCCCCGUCACGACAAGGAAGCGCAGUCACAGCACACCCCGCAAACGAGUGGUGAGUGACGAGCAUUGGAAGCGAACGCGGAACCGAGCCUCGACACAAUCUACGUCGCGCAACCUGCCCACACCCAAGCGCAUAUCGGAAUACACUGUGAAUGAGGGGCAGGCAAGUCUUGUACGGAACAGACACGACGACGGUGAAGAUGACUUUGAGAAAACUCGCGAUCUGCCUCGAUUCCAGAAAAAGCGGGGUACUGCGACGGGCUCCAGAGGUCCUAUUCGAGACACGAAGUCGGCCGGUGCACGAAAGCAUAUCGAUACCAUCAACGAGAGCGACUAUGAAACGGAUCAUCCCAAAUCCGUCGAACCCUCGGAGCUCCCGGACAGAUUGAAGACGCGCUCGCCUCCGCCCGAGGAUGCGUGGGCAGCGAGUGAGGCGGACUUCUCGGAGCUUUCGCGGAGACGCAAGCGCGGCCCAACGAAGCCUCCGAAGGGUGGGAUAUUCGCACACAUGAUUGAUGAAUCUCGAAAAAUGUUCGGAAUACCCGAACCUGAACCGCCGAGGCCGACACCUACGCCAACUACGGGCCGUGGAGCGAAAAUCGAGGCGUGGCUUUCUGAGACUCCAGACCCGUUUCUCGAUGAAACCGAAUCCAAGAGUGACAUGCCAGCUCCUCUGGAUUUGAAGUCAGGCCGAGCAAGGCGAUCGCAAAAAAUGGCAGAUGGAGAGAUACCUGGCACUGAGUCUGAACCAUCGACAAUCAGCGAGCGGCGAAAGAGCUCCGAGUCUCGCCCAAAGAGCGCUGUGAGUCGGCACUCUAAAGGAAAGGAGACCUCUUCUUCCACCGACAAGCCCACCCACAAGCCAUCGAAAACACAAGAUGGCGAAGUAGCCAAGGAAUCGAAGCGAGCAAGUAUAGAUGGAACCCCCAAGCCAUCGAAACCACGAGAUGGCGAAGUAGCCAAAGAAUCGAAGCGAGCAAGUAUAGAUGGAAUCCCCAAGCCAUCGAAAACACGAGAUGGCGAGAUAGCCAAAGAAUCGAAGCGAGCAAGUAUAGAUGGAAUCCCCAAGCCACCGAAGACACAAGACGGCGAGGUAGCCAAAGAGUCGAAGCGGGCAAGCAUAGAUGGAAUCCCCAAGUCAUCCAACAAGAGCAAGGAAGACAAACCUAUUCAAAGCAAGCCUUACGAGGAUAGUCUCGCGCCCUCGGAGUCUGAUUUACAGCCAUUAUCCGACGGCGAGCUGGAGAUCUCGGGACAGAAUGCAUCUGCACCACUCAACCGCAAGAAGCCAUUCUCGUCUACUGGUUACCAGCGUUUAUCGACGAUACCUUCUGCGGAAACUUUGAGCACUACUCUUACAGAUAUGCUUGAGCCUCCGCCGAAAUCUGGUUUGACUGAAAGGUGCGAACCACAACUUGCUGAAGAAGCAGAAGAAGCAGAAGAGGCAGAGAAAGAUGACCAGUUUGAUCCGGACUCAUUACCUGUGGUCUCCUCACAGCUCAAAAGACGGCUCACCAACCACAGCGACCUCAUGUCUGUGCUAUCCGUCUCAGCUUCGCGCAGAAGUACCCGAUCGAACCGGAGCAUCAGAACCAACAAAAGUCGGCUUGCUCACGCCACAGUUGACGAUCUGCUCCACGAGCUUUCGGGCGACGAGACGAAAUACAUGCGCGAGUUGAAAACACUGGUCGGAGGCGUAAUUCCAGUUCUGCUGACUUGCGUGCUCUCCCGCUCUGAUUCGGCCAUCGCCGCAGGCCUGUUUCGACCGUCUCUGGAUCCUGAGGAUGACUUGAAUUUCUCAAAGCCGAUCGUCAAUAUGGGAGUAGCGAUCGAGCGUCUGAAGACCUUGCACAAGCGCAUUCCCCAGGAUGAUGCAGAUGCAUUGCUUACAUGGGCACAAGGGGCGCAAAGAGUCUACCGCGAGUACCUGAAGGCCUGGCGCCUUGGAUUCAAGGACGUCAUUGUCAACCUAGCCCCAUUGGAAGAAGGCGAGGCUACAGAUGAUGCUGAUACGAAAAGCCUGGAUGAGGGUUUGGAGCGAGACGAAAAUGGCGACAUCGUCGACAGCGACGGUGAAAAGGUUGAUGUUGCCUAUCUAUUGAAGCGACCAUUAGUCCGUCUUAAAUAUUUGGCAAAGAGUUUCAAGGGUAUAAAUCUACUGGAACCGUCUCCAAAGGCCGAAGAAACCGCUGCCGCCUAUCAAAGUCUUGUUCUCGAUGCCCGCAAACGAGUCCGAGAUGAAAGAGCGAGGCUGGAAGACGAUUGCGCUGCAAGCAUCGACCCAACACGCACCAGAGAUCCAAUGACCUUGGGUGUCCUCCGAGGGAUCGGUAUCGACCAGAGUCGCCAUGUCCGCGCACGGGAUUUCUUCAAUCUAUCUUUGUACCACUCAAGUGGGCAACUUGUAGAUUGUCGAGCCGAGCUUUUGUAUCGAGACAAUCCCUCGAGCAAAGGUCCUGGCGGCGAUCUCCUAAUUUGUGAAAUUGAUCAUUCUGAUCGUUGGCUUCUCUUCCCUCCCAUGGACCUUCGAUGUGUUUCAGCCCGCAAGGGGGAAUCCAAACAUGAGAUCGUGGUCAUGCUGCGUAGCGCUCCCGGAGAUCCAACUCGGUACUGGCAAGAAUUGAUCUCACUACGUAUCGACGAAGAAGAAGUUGGAGCUGAGUGGAUCUCAUUGCUCGGAUCAGACCCUAUUCCGCCAUCAAUCUGUCGAAGCCAAAGCUUCAUCAGCCGAGCCAAGCAGAACAGGGCUCGUAAGCCCGCUGCUGAGGGUUCUCCUCCUAGGCCAAACCCAAGUGACGUCGACAUACCAAUUGGAGAGAAGGCCGGUGGUAAGCGACGGUCGCUGACCUCCAAGGAGCCUUUAUCUGAGCCAAGCACGAUCGGCUCUACUCUGACCGAUCCCAGGAGCUCUUUGUCCUCGAUUGUUACUCGGGAGACUGAUUACACCACUGGAGGAUCCGAGCUGUCUGCAAAGCCCACUCGUCCUGAUCUACCGCUUCUUCCUUCUACCACUUCUUGGGGUUCGCCAACUAGCGGAGAUAGGACUCCCACCGGCUUAAAGCGGUCCAAGGCCAAGAGAUUCUCUCGCUAUGGAGAAAGCACGGCUUCUGAUGCUGCCUCUCAGCUAACUGUGGCAACUGACAACGCAUCCGAGCAUAGCGCGCCUAUAGUUACUUCUCCACAGGCACCAAGUACACCUACGGGAGGUAGAUUCUAUGGCGAGGAAUCCAGGGACCCUGGAAGCAAAGCAUCCCCGAAAGAGAAAUCGCGCUCAAGGAUUCCCCAACCUCAGAAGAAAACGCCUAUCAAGGAGCCUGAGCCAGAAUCUCCCAGAGUUUCAUCUGUGCCCUCGGCCACUCUACCGCUGAUUCCCAAAAUCCGCACUCCUAGCAGCCAAACUCACCUGUCUACCCCGACAAGCUUCGGUCCUGAAGAUGAGGAAGAUUACCCCCCGCUUGAGUGCUUGCCCAAGCAAGAAGUUCCAGAGACACCGACAAGAUCUAGAAGAAAGAAGUCCCGAAGACGGCGAAAGGAUGACGAUAGCCCUCCGCCUCCUCCGCCUCAUCGCUCACCUAGCCCUGCCAAUGGCAAGCACUCACAAACUCCAGUGCUUACACCCACCUGUGGUGGACUCAAGCGACGUGGCUCUUCUCCCCUGAAGCAUGAAUAUGAGCCCUCCACGGCUUCGGAUUACUCAGAAACCGACUCCGACGCUUCGACAGUGCGUCACUAUUCCUACUCAUCGUCUGAGUACUCAAGAUCCGCCGACUUGUCCGACUCAGAGGAUGAUUACUACUCGGCCUCCGAAGACGAAGAACAUGAUACCCCCAAGCCAAGGGCAACCGACGUAAUCACUGACGCCAGCUCUCUGUCGCCUUCAAACUCAGUAUCACAAAGUGGAUAUCGUGCUGUACCGCUGCAGCCCACAAAGACUUCAAAGGCCAUUGCCUCCGUUUUCGCCUGGUCAAACAAAGGCAGCUGGGAGACUUUGCUUCCUGGCGAAUGUAGCAUUGUUGUCAGUCCUGGCCUGAUCGAAGCCUUCGCGAUGGGCUCUGAACUCGAAGCCAACUCCGAUCCCAAUUCAUCAAACCCCCUCAUCUCUCUCGAACUGACGCCACUGGUUCCUAUCCGCCGUGGCACGGCUAUCGAUAUUAGCAUUCGCUCUCCUCCCACCGAGCGAUCUCAGAUCACAUCCAGCAACAACAUUAUGUUCCGGUCACGUAACCCUGAUGAAUGCGACGCCCUAUAUGGCCUAAUCAACCAAUCAAGAAUCAACAACCCCACUUAUAUCGCCCUCCAAAAUGCUCGCGGUCCAUUCAACGGCCAUAGUUCUACGUUUGAGCCAGCCGUGAAAUCUAGCGGAGGCUUCUUCGGCUGGCCCCGCCGCAGGAAGAGCUAUCGCGCAUCCAGCUCCCCACGCUCUCUGGCUGAAGGGUCUGAAAGCAGCGUAGGAACCAUGAGCAGCGCAUUUUCCGCUCUCAAACGCUUCGGUACCAGCAGCAAAAUGUUCAACAUCUCUCGCUCAACCAUCGAAUCACGCACUGGCCGCGAAGGCAGCAUCUACUCCGGUUCCGGGGAUUCAGGCAAUGACCCAUCCCCCAACUCCGGCAUAGGCCGUAUUGCCGCAGCAAUCAAGGGCGCCGACGGCAUUGGUCUUUCAAACGCCAAGAUCCGCCUGUACGCACGCGAGUCAGCCUCCAAGUGGAGCGACAUGGGCGCCGCCCGCCUGACUAUCAUGCCUGGCCCAUCCAAGAACCCGUCUCGUCCCGGCACUGGCGUCAGUGGCCGCGGCGACGGCACCACUCCGCAUGGUGACAACGACAACGCGAGCGGGGCUUCGCCGCCCUCAUCAGGCGCUGCCUCUCCUCGCGGCGCCCUUGCGGCUGAGAAGCGCAUCGUCAUCCGCGGUAAGACGCGCGGUGAGGUUCUUCUCGACGUCUGUCUGGGCGAGAACGCCUUUGAGCGCAUUGCCCGCACCGGCAUUGCAGUUUCCAUCCGCGAGGAGAACGAAGAUGCAUCCAUUGCGCAGAAGGGCGGUGUUGCCACUGGUUCUGGAAAGAUAUUUAUGAUUCAAAUGAAGAGCGAGGCUGAGGCGGCUUAUACCUUUGGGCUUGUUGGCAAGCUCAGAUACUGA